AUGACGAGCACCAAACCACCCACACCAGCCAGACUCUCAUCAAUCUCAACCAGUCUACUGACCUCAAUCUUGGAACUAUCGCAGCAGAACUCACUCGAACUGACUGUCAACCCAGCCACCAAGUCGAAGAUACUCAAGAACCUGCUCACUCUGCGCGAUGGACUCAUCCAAACUGGGGUCGACGAACAGGACCAGAUCUUGGUCGGACUCAGGAAUCAGUAUCAACGGAUCGUAGGAUUGGUCAGAGGGGUCGGAGGAAUGGAAACUGAGAUCCAAGGAAUCGAUCUAUCAUUACCCGCCUCAAAACCACCCACUACUACUACUACAACAACAACAAGAACAGAAGAACCAUUGAUCGAUGUCGAAGGAACCGAACUCGAACCUACCAGCUCACCUGUCACAUCCAAUCUUCAUCAAGCUCAAAACACUCAGUCAAAUUCUCAGUCCUCUAUGGCUAUCGACAUCCCCAGUACCACUCGAACUCGCUCGAGGAAAGCAAUCGAAGAGGAUGAAGAACUGAUGAGAUCUGAGAACGAACAGGUACAACGGAUUCAACAAGUCUUGCUAGAUGAUCAGGAUAGGACGUUGGAUGAACUAUCGAAUGCGAUUUCUAGACAACGCGAUCUAUCCUUACACAUCUCAUCAGAACUGGAAGUACAGGAGAACCUAUUGGAUGAAUUAGACCAGGAUCUAGACUUUACGUCGAACCGAUUGACGAGAGCCAAUAAACGGAUGGAUAACUUGUUCAAGAAGAUUGCGAAGGACGGCGCCUGCUGGACUAUAUUCGGAUUGGUCGCUAUCUUAUUGGUCUGCUGAUCUCAUCUCUUUCUUGAUUUCUCCUUCCACAUAUUGACUCGGAGUUCUUCUUGCAUUCCCGCCCCUUCCCGGUUUGCCACUUGGUUCUCAUGAUCUUGGCUCUCACAUAAACACAACAAAAUCUGCGCUCUUUGUAGUUUUUGAUUGUACUGCUAAAGUA